AUGGCGUUGAUGCGGGAGCACGGUGGGUGCGGUGGCUUCGACGCCGGCGGCGCCGAUGUCUUCGACGCUCUCGGGUACGGCCACGACGCGCUGCUGGGCUUUGACGCGGCGGCGGCGCUGUUGUUCUGGGGAGGCGGAUCGAACGCCGGCGCUGGCUACGUGGCUGACGGCGGGAACGUCUGCUGGCCGCCGGCGGGCGCGCGGGCGUCAUCGUCCGUCCUGGCGUUCGACCGUCCCACGGAGGCGGAGGAGGAGGAGCGCGACGCUUGGAUCGAUGCCGCGGACCGGACCUACGGCGACGCCGCGGCGCGCGCGCCGCCGGCGGUGUCCGUGGGCUUCGACGCGGCCACGGGGUGCUUCACCCUGACGGAGCGAGCGGCGUCGUCGGGCGGCGCGGGGCGGGCGACGUUCGGCCUGCUGUUCCCGAGCACGGCGGCGCCGGUGCGCGCCACGCAGAAGCGGACCUACGGUGUGGAGCCGCCGGCCGCCGUGAGCCCCAAGAAGCACUGCGGCGCGGGCAGGAAGGCCACCGGCAAGGCCAAGUCGGCGCCCACCAUGCCGACCAAGGACCCGCAGAGCCUCGCGGCCAAGAGCCGGAGGGAGCGGAUCAGCGAGCGGCUCCGGACGCUGCAGGAGCUGGUGCUCAACGGCACCAAGGUCGACCUGGUCACCAUGCUCGAGAAGGCCAUCAGCUACGUCAAGUUCCUCCAGUUGCAAGUCAAGGUUCUCGCAACGGACGAGUUCUGGCCGGCGCAGGGAGGAAAGGCGCCGGAGAUCUCCCAAGUGAGGGAGGCGCUCGACGCCAUCUUGUCGUCGGCGUCGCAGAGGGGGCAACUGAUGAAUUAGCUAGAAGAUAAAAGACCAUAGCUCUGGAUCAAACGCAUAUGAUAGAAUUUACUAGUAACAUCGAACUACCUCGUUCGAAGAUGAAUAAGGAGGCAAAUGCAUAAGUAAUAACAGUUUGAUCUUGUU